CGAAUCUAUUUUUUGAUUAGUUCUUGAUUUUAAUUCUAGGUUCCAGUGUUGGCUUGCACCAUUGAUAUUGAUAAAAUACCUGGAAUGAAGUUAACCCUGAAAUCUUCUUUGGGGGAGUUCCAGAAUCUGAUGGGCGAAGGACUUGGAGAUCAUCUAGAAGUUCUUGAUUUGUUUAGGGAGAGCACCCCUUUUUCUCAUUUUUUGGAUGUUAAGUGUAUUCCUCCUCCUCUGUUCCUAUGGCAACUCAUUGCGAGGGAAGCCAAAAUAAAGAGGAAAGGAGAGAUGUGGUUCGUUUUCAAAGGAGUUCCUGUCAGAGGGGAAGUCCACAUUCCGGUGGAGAGGAAGAGAAAAGCCCGGAAUGUCCCUUCACCAACAAGAGAUAAUUCUGAAGAGCGUAAUGAGCACAUCUCCUCUCCCCAAGAAUCUCAGAGGAGUCAGAGCCUUAGGGAAUCUCCUUCUAGAGUCUCCCAUUCCAACAUCCCAAAUCCAUCGUCUCCUAACCCUCACCCCGCCAAGCCUUCAUCCAAUACCUUUCAAGAACUCUUUGAUCGAAUGUCAAAGAAAAUUUAUAACAUUGCAGAAGAACAAAGAAAGAGGUUUGAAGUGCUUGAAAAAAAAGUUGAUGCUUUGUCAACUUUAAUAAAUCAAAAGAUUGUGAAUAAGGUGCCAGAGACAACAAUCAUGGGUGAUUGUGAGGAGACUGAGGCACGAAAUCCUUCCCCUGACCAUAAGGCUGAGUCUACCCACGAGACAAUGGGAACAGAAGAUGCUACCUCAAUGAAGCCUCUGCAGGAAAUGGUUGAGUCUUGCCAUGAGGUAAUGGAAACAGACGCUGCUGCUGCUUCUAUGAAACCUCUGCAGGCUGAGUCUACCCACGAGACAAUGGGAAUAGAAGAUGCUGCCUCAAUGAAGCCUCUGCAGGAAAUGGUUGUUUCUCCCCCGAAGGAAUUGGGAGAAGAGGCUGAAAUUACUGAUGCCAUUGUGUAUGGAAAGAGAGUGAAAAAGAAGUCAGCCAGUUUGAAGUCUCCUUAUACAGCGGACGGGAGGAAGAAAAAGAAAGCCGAUGAGCUCUUAUCUAAGCCGCCAACUAAAGCAGAUCUUUUGGAAUUUAAGAGCUUCAUCGUAAAAGCAAUUAAAGAUGACCGCCCUGUACAAUGCUACCUCGCCCAGUACAAGGAGAUUCAGGAAUUUUUGAAAACAGGGUUUAAAGGCAUUGCUGGAAUUAGAGAAAUCGGCAAGCACGGAUAUGCCGAUUGGGAAAUCGAAUACUGCCCAGUACCCCAACAGAUUGAUUGUGACUGCGGCAUCCUCGCGGUCAUUGCUUCUCGCUAUCAUCCACUGGAGGAGAGAUUCGAUAUAUAUACUCGGAUUGGGUGCUAUCCAGUCCGAGUUGUUCUUGGAGAUGAUGCCAAGCAUCAAUUCGCUGCCGAGAAUGGAUGGAGAUACUUUCUCUAUGACCACCAAUGCCAAAAUCUUUGGCAUAUUCUGUUCAAAAAAUUAUCAGAGACAGCAUACACAUCCAUUGUGAUUUCGACCCUUGGUUCAGAAGUUGACUACCCAAUAAGAAUUCCUGAUUAUGAUUCUGAUGCAGAUGAUGUUACAUAUGAUGAUGAUGACGUCUUUGUUUGCAAGUUUGAAGAAUCACACUUUCGAGAGUCAUCCCAGAAGCUGCCCUUAAGUGAAGAAUUUUGCGAAGCAAAUGCUUUUGUAGAGGGAAAAAUAGAUGUCACUCUCAUAGGACCCAACAUGCAGCCCGUGGUCUGCACACUCAAGGUUGAUUGUAUUGGUGAUGGUUUCCUGAAGAGAAUGUGGAGUUACUUUGUUGAUUCGAAUGGUUUGCGUGUUGGGGACAAGCUUGUGAUGAGGCCGGUGGGGAACAACACCUUUAUGGUGGGAGUUUACCGUCAUCACAAACGUGAUAGGGUUUUGUCCUCAGAUGACUCCUCAUCUGAGGGCUCCACUUCUUCUUCCUCAACCGGGUCACUUUCUUUUGACUCCAAGCCCAGUCAGGUUCCCAAUCGAUCUGUCCCCAAGCCGCAACCUGUCAACCAGAUGCCCGGUCUGGUUUUUCAGAAGAGGGAUGCACCGGCCGAAGUCGAGCCGGCUCCCUAUGACCCUGACAACGAGUCAUACGAGGAAUGGGUGGACCGGCUGGAAGCAGCCAGUUAUUCUCCCCUUCCCACUAGUUACCCUUCAGACGUCUACCCCCAUGUUUCCAAGAUUGCCCAAAAUAAGGCCCGCAAGAACCUCCCGGAGGGGUAUGUCCUUGAAUACGACCCCAACCGGCCCAACAUCAUCGAGCCUCACCAGGACGACAUGGCAGGGUUUCAUUUCAUUUCUUUGGAGAGUGGCACUGUCUUCCCCCUUCGCCCCCUUCUGGUCGAGUUAUGCCACUGUUUCAAGAUCCUUCCCGGGCAAAUUACGCCCAAUGCCCACCGUUUCCUUAAUGCGUUUGUAAAUAUUUGUGUCCAUCUAAAAAUCGACCCCUCUCUUCGCCUGUUUCUCUACUUGUUUGAAGUCCUUCCUGAUAUGAACUUCGGGUCCUUCGGCAUUCCCAAGACGACCAGUGGAUCUUCUGCUGCUGGUCCACACACUUCAAAAACCACACCGGUCCAGAAGGAGACAAUUAAGGUCCACUCCGAGGAGGAAACUCCUCAGACCGGGGGAGUCGCUCAGACUGGGAAGGCACCGGUGAAUCCUUCCCCCAACAAGGGGAAGGGGAAGAUGAGGACGAAGAAAACCGCCACCACACAUCCAUCGGCGAAGAAGAGAAGGGGAGAAAAUUCCCCGAUUGGAGAAUCGAUGGAAGAGGUGUGGGUCAAGAUGACCCUCAAGCUGAAAGAGAUGGGCGAGGUUGGGCCAGAAACCUUGGAGAGGCUCGCGGAAGACUCACCCUCCCGGUCACUUCAGCUGGAGGAGAAACUGAAAGGAGUCGAUGCUCACAACCGGGAGCUGCAGGACCUGAUUGCCCGGCAACUUGAUGAGAUAGCCAACCUCUCUGUGAUUGCCGGGAAGGCGAAAUCAGAAACCCUCCAGCUGAAAGAAGAGAACUUGAAGCUGAUGGAUGACCUGGAAUCGAAGGAGCGAGACUUUCCCGGCAAGGCCAAACUAUGGAUGGAGGAAAACCUCGUGGAAGCUUCCCGGGUGCUCACCUCUUCUGAAGAGAGGACAAUGGAGGGCUUCAGGUUGUUGUACCGGGAAGAGCAUGGAAAGGAAAUGAUUACCCAGGUCGGCUCCUACGCCUUUAUGUCAGGCCAGAAAAGAGACCGGGAGGCCACACACGCUAUCCUGGCUGAGCGGGACCCGGCCUUCUCUGCUGAUGCCUAUGGCCUGGCCCCCAUCCCCGAUGAAGAACCCGCGCCUCCUUUCCCUUUAGAGUGAAUUCUCCCUGGCGGUGCCCGGUCAUAUUUUGUAAACCAAAAACUUUGAAUUUCCCCGGGGAUGCCCGGUGUAGUAUGUAAACAUUUAACAUUCUUAUUUUGUCGAAUGCUAUGUUUGUUUUUCAUACCGGUUGUUUCUGCUCUUCUACUUGCAUCCUCUUUGAUACUUCGCUUUUGUUCCU